GGGGAGAGGCCCUUCAGCUGCCCCGAUUGUGGGAAGGACUUCAGCUAUUCUUCUGACCUGAAGACCCACAGGCGGGUCCACACGGGGGAGAGGCCAUUUCCUUGUUCCGAGUGCAGGAAGGGAUUCACUCAGGAGGGCAAGUUGUGGACGCACCAGCGGGUCCACACUGGGGAGAAGCCUUUCAGCUGCCCUGAGUGUGGGAAGGCCUUCAACGAUUCCUCUGCCCUGCAGACCCACAAGUGGGUCCACACGCAGAAGAGGCCUUUCCCCUGCACAGAGUGCGGCAAGAUCUUCAGCAAUUCCUCCUCCCUGCUGAAGCACCAGCGGAUCCACAUAGGUGAGAAGCCUUUCUGCUGCCCUGAGUGUGGGAAGGGAUUCACUCAGAAGGGUAACUUGCGCACGCACCAGCGGGUCCACACGGGGGAGAAGCCCUUCAUCUGUCCCAAGUGCGGGAAUGCCUUCAGCGAUUCCUCCACCCUGAUGAAACACCAGCGGGUCCACACGGGGAAGAGACCAUUCCCCUGCCCCGAAUGUGGGAAGGCCUUCAGCGAUUCCUCUGACCUGCUGAAGCACCAGCGUGUCCACACUGGGGAGAGGCCAUUCCCC